AUCGGGGUCGAAUGCUGUCACGGAGUUGUUGGUAGUUCAUCGGCGCUGAUGUUGUUGUUUACAUUGACGUCGAAUUGCCGCUUUAGGCAAUGGGGAUAAACAAAGCUAAUGCACGCUGAUCGCGCUAAGAUAAGGGCUCUGAAGUCCACGUGGAACAUCUUGGCCCAGAUUGAUAAUGGAUGGCAUGUCUCUAUGUUUUGAUCGCGUAUAAAAGAUGCAUAUUCUGUUCAAGACCAUAUAAAAUUUGUCUACCUAUUUCUAUUUCCAUUCCUCAGGGUCAGGGGCAUCACAUAAUUGUGUAUUCUCCGGCCUGCCUCGAUGAAUCUUCCGAGAUGUACUGGUCUUCCGGUGCACGUGACUAAUCUCUAGUUCCUUAUCACGCAAUCGAUGCUAUUGUACUCGGCGCUUGCAGGCUCUGUAAUUGACUCUAACUCAUUCUACAGAUAUCAAAUUUACCCGUCCAUUUACUUGCACAUCAGGCAUCAUGUUCCGCACCAGUGUCAGACGCUUUGCCACCACGGCUUGCAGGUCAGCGGAGACCAUUGCGCAGAUUGAGUCCAAAAACGCUUAUGGCAUCCAAGUUUCAAAAGCCCAAGGAGUCGUGAAAGGCCUCACGGGAGCAAUUGGAAAUACACCCCUCAUCCGGCUGAACAGGCUCUCAGAGGAGACGGGCUGCGAAGUUCUCGGAAAAGGGGAAUUCCAAAACCCGGGAGGCAGCGUCAAGGAUCGCGCGGCGUUGUAUGUUGUCAAGGAUGCGGAGGAGCGAGGGCUUCUGAAACCUGGUGGCACGGUUGUUGAAGGCACAGCCGGGAAUACCGGAAUCGGCCUGGCCCACGUCUGCCGAUCGAAAGGAUACAAACUCGUCAUUUACAUGCCCAACACACAGUCCCAAGGCAAGAUCGAUCUCCUACGGCUCCUCGGUGCGGAGGUAUACCCCGUCCCCGCAGUAGCCUUCGAAAACCCACAAAACUACAACCACCAAGCCAGAAGACAUGCCGAGUCGCUAGACAACGCUGUCUGGACAAACCAGUUCGAUAACACGGCCAACCGCCGCGCGCAUAUUGAGACUACAGGCCCAGAAAUCUGGGCCCAAACUGGAGGUAAAGUCGACGCUUUCACCUGCGCGACUGGCACGGGCGGCACGCUAGCAGGCGUCACCAGAUAUUUGAAGACUGUCAGCGAUGGGCGCGUAAAGAGCUUCCUCGCAGAUCCACCAGGAAGUGUGCUUUACAAAUAUAUAUCAAGCGGCGGGAAACUUAUUGAACGAACGGGCAGCAGUAUAACGGAAGGAAUUGGCCAGGGUCGUGUUACAGACAAUCUACAGCCGGAUAUCGACCUGGUGGAUGGAGCGUUAAAUAUCAGUGAUGAAAAGAGCAUUGAGAUGGUGUACCGGUGUUUAGAUGAGGAAGGUCUUUACCUUGGCGCCAGCUCGGCUCUCAAUGUUGUUGCGGCGAAGGAGGUUGCUGAGAAGCUGGGCAAGGGCCAUACCGUCGUUACUGUAUUAUGUGAUGGUGCCUAUAGAUAUGCCGACCGCCUAUUCUCGGAGAAGUGGCUGCAGAGUAAGAACCUGCGCGGCGCGAUACCUAAGCAUCUAGAGAAGUAUAUUGUUUUGGAAUGACUUUAUGUGUUUAUAUGUAUAUAUUAUAUAUUAGCUUCUUGGAUUUAGUCCUGCGGGUAUGUGUAGAAGCGUUGUCUAAUUUCUAAAUAUAAAGUCGCUGUUAGAUCCUAUUCAGUCUUCCUGCGAAAUGAUUCUUGGUAAAUAGAUCACUAUAGACAGCAUGAUCUGUGGUAUAAAAGUAUUUUGUUGCUGUAAUAUCCCCCCAAAGGACAACCUGCUACCAUUUUUACAUUCAAGUACAUAUCCC